AGAAGCGCCCCGCAACCUUGCCUCGGGGCCACCCCACACCUAGGGCCCAGGGACGAUCCGAGACGCCGCUCGCCGAGGGUGGGAGGGGCGGGAUACUCUACACCCCUUGAUCUGGGAUGCACCAGGGAGUGUGGGAGGACUCAGGAACACCGCCAGGAAGGACUGGGAGUGCGCGGGGACGUGUUCCCGAGUGGACCGCGACUGUUGUUCCUUCCGUUUGCUUGAGGGUGUGAGAGCCAGGACCACCUCUGCAGUGAGGAUUGGCCACCCUCAUACAGGAAGGGCUGAGCGGUGCUGGGAAUCGGGUCACUAGUACACAGACGUGACCCGGGACGCAAGGACAUGUUCCCCAAUCGUUUGGGACUCCUCUAAGUCAGUCUUCUUUCCUCGCGCUCGCCCCCGCCGGACCUGAGGCGUCCCAGUGACAGAACCCGGAGAACUGACAGCUAUCCAAAGGGAGUGCUCGCGCCAGCUCUGCUCGCUAGCGCCACCCGCUCCGGAACCUACGUGCCGGGUGUACAUUGUGGGGACAAGGAACAAAGACGGACCUGCGCCGGAAGUGAGGCGCUUAACGCCCGCGGCCGCAGGUAUGGCGCAUAUCACCAUUAACCAGUAUCUGCAGCAGGUGGGUUUUGCCUGGUAGCCUUGCCUCCUGGCCACGGUGGUAUAUGAAGCCAUUGACACCAGAGAUGGAGCAUCCUGUGCAGAGCUGGUGUCUUUCAAGCACCCUCAUGUUGCAAACCCACGGCUCCAGAUGGCCUCUCCGGAAGAGAAAUGCCAGCAAGUUCUGGAGCCCCCCUAUGAUGAAAUGUUUGCAGCACACUUAAGGUGUACCUAUGCUGUGGGGAACCAUGACUUCAUAGAGGCGUACAAGUGCCAGACAGUGAUAGUCCAAUCAUUCCUUCGGGCAUUCCAGGCUCACAAAGAAGAAAACUGGGCUCUGCCUGUCAUGUAUGCAGUAGCACUUGACCUUCGAAUAUUUGCCAAUAAUGCAGAUCAGCAGUUGGUGAAGAAAGGCAAGAGCAAAGUUGGAGACAUGCUGGAAAAAGCCGCUGAGCUGCUAAUGAGCUGCUUCCGCGUCUGUGCUAGUGACACCCGUGCUGGCAUAGAGGACUCCAAGAAGUGGGGGAUGCUGUUCCUGGUGAAUCAGCUGUUUAAAAUCUACUUUAAGAUCAACAAACUCCAUUUGUGUAAACCUCUGAUCAGAGCCAUUGACAGCUCAAAUUUAAAAGACGACUAUAGCACUGCACAGAGGGUCACGUACAAAUACUAUGUUGGGCGGAAGGCCAUGUUCGACAGUGACUUCAAGCAAGCUGAGGAGUACCUGUCAUUUGCCUUUGAGCACUGCCAUCGCUCCAGCCAGAAGAACAAAAGGAUGAUUCUGAUCUACCUGCUGCCAGUGAAGAUGCUGCUGGGUCACAUGCCAACCAUUGAGCUCCUGAGGAAAUACCACCUCAUGCAGUUUUCAGAAGUGACCAAAGCCGUCAGUGAGGGCAACUUGCUAUUGCUCAACGAGGCACUGGCAAAGCACGAGACUUUCUUCAUCCGCUGUGGCAUCUUCCUCAUCCUGGAGAAGCUAAAGAUCAUCACGUACCGGAACCUCUUCAAGAAAGUGUAUUUGUUACUGAAAACGCAUCAGCUGUCUCUAGACGCCUUUCUGGUCGCCUUGAAGUUCAUGCGCGUGGAAGACGUGGACAUUGACGAGGUCCAGUGCAUCCUGGCCAACUUGAUAUACAUGGGUCACAUUAAAGGCUACAUCUCCCAUCAGCAUCAGAAACUGGUCGUCAGCAAGCAAAACCCUUUCCCUCCACUGUCCACGGUGUGCUGAUGCGUAGGCCUUGUAGAUGGAGGUCAGUGCUGCUGCAGCUUCCUCUGCAGCCCAAGUCUUCUGGUGCUUCCCAGGGCCACUGAGGCUGUCGCCAGCACCUACGUGACUAGCCAUGCUCUCCACUGACUCAUUUCAGCUUUGCCAAAACCUGGAAUUCUUUGGGGACGAACACCUGUGCUGCUGGCCUGUGGUGCUUGUGAACUGCUGGGAAGGGAACAGCUAUGCUUCAGUUUUAUGCGUUGUUGACAGGCUGUCUUUGUAAUGUUUUAUAGCCUUCCCUUUCUUUCUUUUAAGAAAAGGUUAUCCAAAUUUAUACAAAUGAUGCAUUUUUUAUUGUAUGUUACAUGAUGUGUCUAUUUUCAUUCUCAAACUCUAAGCAUUUUCUGAGCUCAAAAUGCUUGGUUAACUUGAGGCUUCUUUUUAAAGUAGGAUUUAGGGGCUGGAGAGACGGUUCAGCAGUUAAGAACAAUUACUGCUUUGUCACAGGACCUGGGUUUGAUCCCAGCACCUACAUGGCAGCUCAGAACUGUCUGUAACUCCAGUUCUCAGGGAUUCAAUGCCCUCUUCAGCUUCUGUGGGCUCCUGCACACAUGUCCAGAAGCUCACUCAGACACACAUGCACACAUAAAUAAAUCUUGUUUUGUUGUGUUGUGUCUUUUUAAGUAGAA